GGAAGAGAAGAAGAAGAUGUUGGGAAUGGAAGAUGUGAUAAUGAGUGAAAUAGUAGUAAUGGAAGACAUAAACGAGCAAGGUUUGCCGCCUGGUUUCAGAUUCCACCCUACCGAUGAAGAACUUAUAGCUUUCUACCUCACUCCUAAGGUGUUCAGAGGCAGCAGCUUCUUCAGUACUACUAGAUUAAUCCACAUUGCUGAGGUGGACCUCAAUAGGUGUGAGCCUUGGGAGCUUCCAGAUGUGGCAAAGAAGGGGGAGAGAGAGUGGUAUUUUUACAGCUUGAGAGAUAGGAAGUAUCCAACAGGGUUAAGAACAAACAGAGCAACGGGAGCUGGGUAUUGGAAAGCAACAGGAAAAGACAAAGAGGUGAAGAGCGGCAGCAAUAGUAGUAGUAGUAAAACAGUAGUAGUUGGGAUGAAGAAAACACUUGUCUUUUACAAAGGCAGAGCUCCCCGUGGUGAAAAGACCGAGUGGGUCAUGCACGAAUACCGACUCCUCCACGCCCCUGAUCACUUCUCCUCCUCCGACUCCUCCUCCUAUCGCCAGGCCCAGUACCACACGUGCAAGGACGAAUGGGUGAUUUGUAGAAUCGUUCACAAAAGGGGAGAGAAGAGAAAUCCACUAGUAUAUAAUCAAGGCCAAAGCUACGGUAGCUACCACCACCACCACCACCUAUUCGAGGGAGCUUGUUCAUCUCACAGUACCACAGGGGGUUCCUUUCCCCCCUUGCUUGAAAAUGCAACAACAGCAAAACCAUCAAUAGCAACAGCUGCAUUGCUACAGCCGGAAUCUCAACCUCAAAACCAUUUUGAUCUAAUGGAUCAUCAAAUUCUGCUCUACCAACAACAUACUAGUGACCACUACCUCCGAUCAGCAAAUUCAGCAGUACUGAUGACAAACCCAAUAUUCUCCCCAGCCUUUCCAAUAAAUGAAGGCUGUUGUUUUUCACCCAAUCCUCAUACCCACAACAUCAACCCAUCACCCUCAUCCUCCAUUCUCUUCAACUCCCUCCUUUCACGUCAACAAGAAGCCACUACUCCAAAACAGUGCAAGACAGAGGCCAACGUUUCCAGCUUAUUCGGCCAACUGCCCUAUGCUGAUCACUUGGGCUGGGUGGAUAAGGUUCACUCUGAGACCGAUGAGUACUCUCCAUUUGCAAAUCCCUUGCUUUACGGGAUGGAUUGUGGGGUAAUGACAAUGGGGUUGUCAUCAGCUGCUGCUGAUUCCACCACUGUUCCUGUGAUGCCAACCAGUAAUACUUCGACGGCAGCUUUCAACAAUCAUAAUAAUGACAGGGCCGGCGUCCAAUUCCAAACCUUGGUGGUGGAUCCUACCAUCAGUUCAGUUACAGGAGAAGUUCCCUGGCAUUUGGAUCCUUAAAGAUCUUUUGAGCAUUUGAUUUUUAACGUGAUGUGUACCUAUAGUAGGAGCAGUAUUUCAUAGUAGUAGUACCAGUACUAGUCUUAAAUGGGAGCUAGCUAGGGAG